GGCAGACACACACGGGGCCUAGCUGCCACAUCUGUUUCAUGCGAAGGAGCUGCGCCGCUAAACCACCCGUUUUUGGUUUCCCCCACACGGCUCCGGCCCGGGCCUCAGUCCGCGGUCUAGAGUUGGGAAGCGGCCGCGUUGAGGCUGAAGCUCGUCGGCGUGCAGCGGCCCUGGAGCCCCGGAGCCCCGGCCACCAUCAUGGGAGACAGCAGAGAUUCUCGCAGCCCGGACAGUUCAUCGGUGUCCUCCCCUCCGUCAGGCCAACGCUCGCCUCCACUGGUUCCCUCCGCUGCUUCCAUGACUUCCCAUCCUCCCACCACCACCAGCGGAGUCAACAGUCCCGUCAGUAGCAUCGGCUCCCCCUUUUCUGUCAUCAGCUCCUCACUGGGCUCACCCUGCCUCCCCGGCACGCCGUCGGUGGGCUACGGCCCCAUCAGCAGCCCGCAGAUCAACUCAACCGUGUCCAUGUCGGGGCUCCAUGCAGUGAGCAGCUCUGAUGAUGUGAAGCCUCCACUGGGCUUGCAGCCGCUGUCGCCCCACAGCCCUGGACCCAUGCUUUCCCAGAAACGCCUUUGUGCCAUCUGUGGAGACCGAUCCUCCGGUAAGCACUAUGGCGUCUACAGUUGUGAGGGCUGCAAAGGCUUCUUCAAGCGAACAGUACGCAAAGAUCUGACGUACACAUGUCGGGACAGUAAAGACUGCAUGGUGGAUAAGAGACAGAGGAACCGCUGCCAGUACUGCCGCUACCAGAAGUGCCUGGCUAACGGCAUGAAGAGAGAAGUGGCCAAGAUGAACGACAGAUCUGUCCAAGAGGAACGGCAGAGGAACAGGGAACGAGAGGGCGAGGUGGAGUCCACGAGUGUAGUGAAUGAGGAGAUGCCUGUGGAGAAGAUUCUGGAGGCGGAGGUGGCUGUGGAGCAGAAGACCGAGCUUCAUGCAGAUGGCAGUUCAGGUGGCAGCUCUCCCAACGAUCCUGUCACCAACAUCUGUCAGGCAGCAGACAAGCAGCUCUUCACCCUGGUGGAGUGGGCCAAGAGGAUCCCGCACUUCUCUGAGCUGCAGCUGGACGACCAGGUCAUCCUGCUUCGUGCAGGCUGGAAUGAACUCUUGAUUGCAUCGUUCUCCCAUCGCUCCAUCUCAGUGAAGGACGGAAUCCUACUGGCCACCGGCCUCCACGUCCACAGGAGCAGUGCUCACAGUGCUGGUGUAGGAGCGAUCUUUGACAGGGCGCACAAUGCUGAGGUUGGGGCCAUAUUUGACAGGGUUUUGACAGAGCUUGUAAGUAAGAUGAGAGACAUGCAAAUGGACAAGUCUGAGCUUGGCUGCCUUCGAGCCAUCAUCCUCUUCAACCCAGAUGCCAAGGGCUUGUCCAGUCCCAGUGAGGUGGAGAUCCUGAGAGAGCGGGUGUACGCAUCCCUCGAGUCCUACUGCAAACAGAAGUAUCCCGAUCAGCAGGGCAGGUUUGCAAAGCUCCUCCUCCGUCUCCCAGCGCUGCGCUCCAUUGGUCUUAAGUGCCUGGAGCACCUGUUCUUCUUUAAACUGAUCGGUGACACGCCCAUCGACACCUUCCUGAUGGAGAUGCUGGAGGCGCCUCACCAGAUCCCCUAGAGGAGCCAGGUUGGGUUCGGUCAGGAUCCAGUGCACACCAGGAGACCCGGCACGUUGCACCGUGUCGGGUCGUUGGCUCGUCUCAUUGAGCCUCACUUAACUGCAGCACCUGCUGGUUUAAAUGUACCAGCUCUCACACACACACACACACACACCCACACACACACACACACACACUGCUCAUCAUCGGCUGAUUAUCUUCACACAUGCAGGUCUUUACUUGCGUGUAUGAACUGGAAAAAAAAUUUAACAACGAAUAAACAGAUAAUGUGGCUCUGAAUGAAGAGAAUGCCAAAACACAAACAUACUCUGAAACACACACACAUAUUUCCACCAUCUUUUCCGUUACUGUUUUCCACCACAGGGGUUACCAUUCAAUGAAUUAAGCCCGUUGAUCACACAGCUACAGUAAAUGUCUUAAUUUUAAUUUAGCCUAGUUUUCACAUCUUCAUCUCACAGUUGGUUUUUGCCUAUUGCCUACUUCCCCUGUUUUUACUUUGGUUGAUUAGUUACACCGCUAGCUGCACCUCUGUAUGUUAUAUCCAUCACUAGCCGGUUAGUUAUUCAAAUGGUUUUUACCUUGAAAUCAGGUGCAUAAUUUCAAUCAACUGUCCGCCAUCGAACCGAUUAACUUGUUAUUGGUCAGGAGGAUUUCCUGUUCCGCACAGGAAGACACACCCUCUCAGUGAGUUAAUUCAAUCUCAGAAAUAUCUGAAAUAUUUUAUGCUUUUCUUGAAUAUUCAUGCUGAAACUUGUUUGAGUUUCUAUUUUGAAGUACUGUACUCAUGAAAUGAGAGCUUUUUUCCAAGGCAUUGAAAUCCAGGAAAAGGGGGCGGGGAGCACUUAGUUGAGCAGACAAACUUAGUCCCUCCCACCCUGAUGCGCACAGCGGGCUUUGUAAGACAAGAAGAAUGACUUGAAUUAUUAUUGUUUUUAGUUUUGAUUUGAUCCUUUUCUUUACUUUGGCAGUUGUUUGGCAUUUUAAACAGCUUGAGAAUCACAGGAAGUUCAGCUUCAUGCAGGACAGAAUGAGAGUAUUUGUUUCUCUUUAAU